AUGGCAGCAGCAGCAGCGCCCGCGGGCGUCGCCCGGUUCAAGCGGUUCAUCUGGACCGGCGCAUUUGCCGCCGUCACUGUGGUCGGCAGCAUCUACGGCGCGGGACUCAAGACGCAGCAAGAGUUCAAGGCGGAGCGCCGGAAGAUCAUCGAGGCGAGUCCUGAGGAGAAGAUCGCCAUGAUGGAGGAGCGGCGCAAGCGUCUGCUCAUGCAGAGACGGCCGUUUGAGAAGAAACUCGAGGAGGUGCAGGGCAGGAUAAAGGCACGAGAAGAGGAGGCUGCAACCAAAGCUAACGGCAAGUGA